AUGGCUAAUCCAACAUUACAAAAAAUGAACGAUACAUAUAAGAAAGAAUUUAUGUUAAGUGAAGAUGAAGUACAUGUGUCAUAUUUACAUCCAUAUCCAGUGACACCUGCAACAACAAUUAUCGAGUCGAAAAAUGAAAAAGUAAAAUGCAUCUUUAAACUACCAAUCGAUGAAUACAAGCAACUUCUAUUUCGUGCAAAAAGAACUGCAGAAUUAUUGUGUAAGAAUAUUCCAGUGAAUCGUUGUGCCUUAGUGACUAAACCAGUCAAAUGUGGUCCAUCACAAAUUAAAAUAAUUCCAUUGCACGGUGUUAACUCUGAAUGGGAACAAGCCAUAUCACCAGAACCUGAAUAUAAUGAAGAAUAUCCUGGUUAUUGUAAUUCAAAAAACGGACCACGAGUUUCGGAAGAAUCUUUAACAAACAUUCAAGAUAAAGUUAGAAGUAAACUGGAAACAACUUCGAUCAGUUAUGAAUUUUUUGGAGAUGCGGACGACAAGAACUUAUUUUCAAGAAUUGUUCGAGGUGAAGAAAAACAAUGGCGCGUUUGGGAAGACUCUGAACAUGUGGCUUUUCUAACACCGUUUCCAAAUAGUCCAGAAUUUACUGUAGUUAUUCCUCGUAAGCAUCUAUCAAGCGAUAUAUUUAGUCUUGAAGAAAAGGAUUACGAAAAACUAAUUGAAGCUGCCUACAAAGUUUCAACAUUGCUUAAAUCGUCGCUUUCAAUUGACUUCACCUGUAUGAUAUUUGAAGGUUUUGAAAUAGAUUAUGCCCAUGCCAAAUUGAUACCUGUUAUAACCAAAAAUGAUUAUAGUGAAAAAUCCAAUAUUAAUUUACCAACAGAAUUUCAUCCCAAAUACAUUGGAUACGUCACAUCAUUAGAUGGUCCUUUAGUUCCAAAAGAAGAGAUGCAAAAAGUUUUCCAGCAAUUAAAACGUAAAUGA